AUUUUGAUUUAGGUCAAAAGUAAGGCAAAGCGAAACAGGAACACUGAUUUACCAUUGAACUCUCUUAUCUUUCAUUCAUUCACUGGUAUCUUUCGGCUUCCCACUCGAACACUCACCUCUGCAGAAGUUGAACUACAAACACAAACCUAACCAAAGAUGCUAUCUGCAUUUUCAAUUGCGCUUGUUGAGGAAAUGAAGUUAACCGUUCUUCAUGGACUAAUACCUGAGGAAUAACGAAGGAAUUCUAAGGAAAUGCAUAAUCAUUCCAAGCCUCAUUCUAGAACUAUAUUUUCUUCGUUGUUAUUUGUCUUGCAUAGGGUACUGGAUAAGAAAACACUGAUAAAGAAGUCAAAAAAAGAAGAGCUGAUGUCCCUAGCAAUGGAGUUACAACACAGCCAAAGGCUGAAGCUUUGGGCCCCACCUUUAGAAGAGAAAUGCCUGAGAAGCUUCCCUUCAGCAUUUGGAAUUGUUCCACGAAGGAGAAACACACUGAGAAGUUCUAUUGUCUCUUCCUUGAAAUUGAAUAAUUUUGGUCCAUCGGCACCAAGAUUUUGGAGGUCCCAAUUGGUGGUUCCUGGUCUCAGACAAAAGGGACCAAAAGCUUCGAAGUUAGAAGAGUUGCUCAAAUUUGGCAAUGGAGAGAAUGAUGAAGGAGAUGAAUCUGAAUCUGAUUCUGAUGGAGGUCAUAAGCAGGAUGAUGACUUUCAUAUGGAUGAGGAUGAAAGGCGUGAAUGGAGGAGGAAGAUAAGAGAUGUCAUAAAAAUGGCUCCUGAUGUUGAGGAAGAGGUAGAUCUUGUUGAGAGACGAAAAAAGAUGCAAAAGCUUUUGGCUGAUUACCCUCUUGUUGUUGAAGAGGAAGACCCUGAUUGGCCAGAAGAUGCUGACGGGCGAGGUUUUAACUUGGAUCAAUUCUUCAAUAAGAUCACUAUCAAGAAUGUCAAGAAAGAUGAUGAUGAUGAAAAUGAUGACAGUGACAAUGAAUUGGUAUGGCAAGAUGAUGACUAUAUUCGUCCAAUUAAGGACUUAACUACUGCAGAGUGGGAGGAGACUGUCUUUAAAGACAUCAGUCCUCUUAUUGUUCUUGUUCAUAAUCGCUACAAAAGGCCUAAGGAAAAUGAAAUGAUAUGGGAUGAAUUGGAGAAGGCUAUCCACAUUAUCUGGAAUUGCAGGCUACCAUCGCCAAGGUCUGUAGCAAUUGAUGCUGUUGUUGAAGUUGACUUGGUGUCUGCUUUGAAAGUCUCUGUUUUUCCCGAGCUCAUCUUCACUAAAGCAGGGAAAAUCUUAUACCGUGAGAAAGCGAGCCGAACAGCAGGUGAGUUGUCCAAAAUGAUGGCAUUCUUCUAUUAUGGAGCUGCCAAGCCACCUUGUCUCAGUGGCAUCGAGAAUUCUGAAGAGUUAAUACCUACAAUCUGAGCAAGAAAUUAUCAUGGUAGAUGAGUCUUCAGAUCUGUUUAAACUAUAAUUUUAAUAGCUUCACCGUGUUCUGUACAAUCAGUCACUAAGAUGGCGCUGCAGCUCUUGGUGGUGUUUUAUCUGGUGAGAAGAUGGGAGGUUUCUUGUGCUCUCUUCAAGAUUAAAUAGGUGCAUUGCUCGUUCCUUCGGUUCUUAUUCUAGUGUGGUGGCCCUAUUCAGUUUCAAUACAGCAAACUCUUAUCACUGCAAGCAGCUUCAGCCUUCCAGGUUGAAAGUGUUGGUAACUGAAAUGACAUGCCAACAUUUCUUCAACUUUUCGAGUACAUAUCUAGCUAGGAAGCAAAAGUUUAUUUCUCAAUCCUCUUCCAAAAUCAUUUUAGAUUGGGUUUAUUAUCAUUUUGUAAUGAGACUUGCCCUUGACAGCCUGUAUUUGUAAUAGUACCGUUGUCUCUUUUCAAACUUCCAUGGAAAUACAAACAACAAAGUAUAUAAUA